CUCUCUUCUCUCACACUCUUUCCACUGAGCGCUGCUGCUGGCGCUGCGACGCCGAUCAGCGAAUUUAAUGGAUCUGUCCGCGCCUGCUCCUCUUUAUCGCCCAGCUUAAUUGCAGCUGAGAGGCUCUCUUAAUAAAAACACACACUCUCUCUUUCUCUCUCUAGAUCCCAUUCGUACCGUUCUUAUGUCAUCCCCCGGAGACUUUGAAGGGCCCGUCUCCUCGAUCUCCCUCAAUCGAACUCCUUCCACCCCCUUCCUCUCUUCAUCGCCUAAGGCUCCAACCCUGGCCGCCGCUUCUCCAUCUCCCUGGAUCCCAAUGCCCUUCGAUCCCUUGUCCAUUCCCUCCAAUCUUCGUUGAGUGCCGAAGGACCCCUGGAUCCGAUCUCCAGCUAUUUUUCGUUUUUUUAGGGAUUUUUGCUGCAUUUUCUUGGGAAAUUUUUGGGGUUUCUGGUAGAUCAUAUAGGUAGAGAUGAAUCCGCUCUGCUGCAUUGCGCCGGUGUCGCUGGAUCGGGGGGAGCGCGGGAACUCGCCCGUGGUAACGCUGAAGGCGAAGCCGGCGGCGGCGGCGGCGGCAGCAGGUGUUGAGAAUCAGGGGAGGAAUUCGUCGAGCAAGCAGCUGUUAUCGUCGGCUCCUCUGGCCUCAGAGUCGGAUUUGGGUGUGAGUCGAGAGGCGGAUGAGGGGGCGGGGGCCACGGCGGCGGCGGCGGGGGAGGGGAGUGAGGGGAAGGGCAGCGGCAGAGGGUGCACGGCGAAUGGGGUGGUGGCGGGUGUUCUGUACAAGUGGGUGAAUUACGGGAAGGGGUGGAGAUCGAGGUGGUUUGUGCUGCAGGAUGGCGUUCUGUCUUAUUACAAGGUGCAUGGGCCGGAUAAGAUUGCUGUGGGGCCGGUAUGCGAGGUCGGCGGCGUCCGGGUGAUCGGAGAAGACUCUCUGAGACGGGUGAAGAAGGACCAGGCGGCGGGUGGGGCAGCAGGGCGGGGGAUGGCAAAGCAGUGGAAGCCAUUUGGGGAGAUACAUUUGAAGGUUUCUUCAAUUCGUGGCAGUAAAUCAGAUGAUAAAAGGCUGUAUAUUUUCACUGGCACUAAAACUCUUCAUUUACGGUGUGAUUCUAGAGAAGAUCGUAGUGCAUGGAUUGAAGCAUUGCUGUCAGCUAAAGAUCAUUUUCCUCGUAUGCUAACCAGCAAUGACUUUGCACCUACCAUAGAUAUCAGAGUCUCUACUGAGAAGCUACGGGGACGAUUGCUGCAGGAAGGACUCGGUGAAGCAGCAGUCAAAGAGUGCGAGUCUAUAAUGCUCUCUGAACUCUCUGAGCUGCAGAACCAGUUAAAAUCUCUUCAACAAAAACAUAUUGUUUUACUUGACACACUAAGGCAGUUGGAGACAGAGAAAGUGGAGCUAGAAACUACAGUAGUAGACGAAACAAAGGAGCGUGAAGCACAUGCUGGACAGGGGAAUGGGAGAUUCAGCGACUUCUAUUCAGUUAUGUCAGAGGGCAGCGCAACUGACUCCGAUGCAGACAAUGAAAGUCAAGGUCCAGAUGGGGAAACGGAUGAAGAUGAUGGGAUGUAUUUUGACACGAGUGACUUUCUGUCGUCAGAGUUACUGAGAAGUGCCUCAUAUCGUUGUAGAGAAACUAGGACAAAUGGCUGCAUGUGUUUAACAUGUGAUAGAAAUUCCUGCUGUCCUGAUGAUAUGAGAAGUAUUCUCAUUGGAUUGAAAACCAUUGAGUAUCCUUAUGUUAAACGGAGAGAGAAGUUGCCAGAGCCGAAGGAAAAAGAGAAACCUGUGGGCUUGUGGUCAAUAAUUAAAGAAAACAUCGGAAAAGAUCUUUCUGGAGUUUGUCUUCCUGUUUAUUUCAACGAGCCACUCUCUUCCUUGCAAAAAUGCUUUGAGGACCUGGAAUAUUCAUACUUGGUUGAUCGUGCAUUGGAAUGGGGCAAGCAGGGAAACAGCUUAAUGAGGAUUCUCCACAUUGCAGCAUUUGCGGUAUCUGGCUAUGCUUCAACGGAAGGUCGACAAUGCAAACCUUUCAACCCUCUUCUUGGGGAGACAUAUGAAGCUGAUUAUCCAGAUAAAGGUCUUCGCUUCUUCUCUGAGAAGGUCAGUCACCACCCAAUGAUUGUUGCUUGUCACUGUGAAGGUAGAGGAUGGAAAUUCUGGGGUGAUUCCAAUCUGAAAGGAAAGUUUUGGGGUCGAUCGAUCCAGCUUGAUCCUAUUGGCAUUCUAACUCUCCAGUUUGAAGAUGGAGAAACAUUUCAAUGGAGUAAAGUCACCACUUCUAUAUAUAACAUUAUAAUUGGUAAAAUUUAUUGUGAUCACUAUGGUACCAUGCGCAUAAAGGGUAGUGGCCAUUACUCCUGCAAGCUCAAGUUUAAAGAACAGUCCAUCAUUGAUCGAAAUCCACAUCAGGUACAUGGAUUUGUGCUGGAUAAUAGAACAGGAAAGAAGGUAGCAAUGUUGAUGGGUAAGUGGGAUGAAGCCAUGUAUUAUAUACUAGGUGAUCCGAGUACAAAGCCUAAGGGGUAUGAUCCAAUGUCUGAGGCUGUGCUUCUUUGGGAACGAGACAAGUCUGUCACUCAGACACGUUACAACCUUACACCAUUUGCUAUCUCCUUAAAUGAGCUGACACCUAGCUUGUUGGAGAAGUUGCCUCCAACCGACUCUCGUCUUCGGCCUGAUCAACGGCACCUAGAAAAUGGUGAAUAUGAGCUGGCAAAUGCGGAGAAACUCAGGCUUGAACAAUUGCAAAGACAGGCGAGGAAGCUACAGGAGAAGGGAUGGCAACCCAGGUGGUUCAGAAAAGAUAGAGAAGAUGAUUGUUACCAAUAUGUAGGUGGAUAUUGGGAAGCAAGAGAGGAGGGGAGAUGGAAUGGUAUUCCAGAUAUAUUUGGUCAGAAUAGUUCUCUGCCAUGUGUAGAUUGAAUUUUUCUUUUUCUUUUUUUAAAAUUUUCCCCUCCUUUCUCCAUUUUAGAUAUCUGUUUUAGUUCUUGUGUUGCAUCUUUCAGAUUAUCUUCCUUCGGAAACAGCUUUGUAAGGAUUUUAUAAAGUCGUAAUAUAUAUAGUCAAGAGGGUGGUAAUUUUUGGUAA